AUUGUCUUUUCUUCUUAAUAAGUCCAUCAAAUUGCUUUUGUGUGUGUGUGUGUGUGUGUGUGUGUAUGUGUGAGUGAGUGGCGGUGGUGGUGUUGAAUUUUCCAUGUUUUUUUUUAUUUCACUUAGUUUCCAUCACGUAAAAUGGAAAUGUAGGAUAAUCUAGAACGCACUAGUCAAAAAGUGCUGCUAGGAAUUCUGGAUGAAUAUGUCUUUCUUAUGACAAUUUUUUUUUUAAAAAUAAAAAUCAUCGUCCCUUUUUGUAUAACAAGUUACCAAUGGCGCACUAUUUUUUGUAUCUCGUAAUCUACUCCUUUGAUUUGGAAAGAAAUUGGAAGAAGAUGAGGAGAUAGACAAUAUUGGUUUCCUCUGAUUAGAAAUAGAGGGGGGAAUCUAUGCACAGGGAGGAAACAGAUGAAAGAGUAAAUGAUUUAGUCUUUUCAAGCUUAAAGGUAAAGAAAAAUCCUCUAAAUGGAGCUAAGAGAAGUGGACUUCAGGGCAAAGGUUUCAAAACAUACAUGAAUUAUGGUUGUGUUACAAUCUAGUGCCUGAACUUCUUUUUUGAUCCAAUCAUAUUUGUGAACUUUAUACAUAUCAAUUUGGACAUUCCAUCAACUUAAAUCAGUAGAAUAUGACAAGAAACUGUCUAGGACACCCAAAUAAUUUUUGUUAAUCAGUAAAAUAAAUUUCUAAAUUUAUUUUUCUAAAUGGAUCCUUCCCUGGGACCCCGCAUAGGGGGAGCUUCGUGCACCGGGCUGCCUUUUUUUUUUAGUAAAAUAAAUUUCUAAACAUAUUUUGAAAAUUUCCCCUUUCCUCCCAUCUCCUCUUUCUUCCAUGCUGUUUCUUCAUCUCGUCACAAUGACUGUAGGCUGGAGGCAGCUCCAUCCACGUUAUGGGCAACAGUAACAGUAUAGUGCAUCCUCUAGGAUAGGUACAAUAUUGGUGGCAAGGAGGAGAUACUUUCAUGCACGUGACUGCAUUAAAAAUAGUUGUACUUGAUUGCAACAUGCCCCUAUUUCACAUACUAUUUGAAAUUUGUAUCCUUAGCUUUAUAAAGAAAGUACCACUAGUCUCGAACCAGGACCUGGGAUUCAACAGUCCUACCUAUUAUGCAUUAUCCUUGCUGUAAUUAGACCAUUCUGUUUUGUAAACAUGCACUUAAUUAUCUUAUACUACGCCAAUGUUGUAUUUGUCGUGUGGAUAGUAAAUUUUGGACUCUCUCUAACACUCUCAUUGGGAAGCAACUGUCGUUCUUUGAGGAAUUAUAAGGUGGGUUCUAAAAAUUAGGCUUUGUUCUAUUAAGAAAAAUGUUUUCUUGCACAUUGUAGGCUUUCUUGUGAAGAUCGGGAUGGACCAUGCUUUCUAGAUGAUACAUGCUAACUUAUUUGUAAUUUUUGUUCUGCCAUGUUCUCAUUGAAGGAAAGUAAACAUAAUAUGGUGGUUAGAUUCUGAAAAUAUUUAUCUGAAUUGAAGGUCAAAAAACUGCGGCUAUGAAAUUGUAGUGUGGUGAUCAAGCAAACAUCCAUAUAGUUUCAAUCUAAUGUUUCAAGAACACAUUAAAAGUGAAGUAAUUCAAAGAAAUUAUAGGGCAUAUGUUAACUAUAAUCUCUAAUGAUUAACUUAUGAUCUUCUUACUGAAUGACUGAGAGGUCCUUGGGUUAUUUUCAUUUGUUUCAAGCUUGGAAAAUAUGACCUAUACAGUUCAUCUCAAGAGGGAUUGCUGUGGGUAUAUAUAAGAUCAAGUGAAGUGCAUGCCAAGGAUUUUUUUUUUAAUAGUUAAUUAGGGCCUCUGUGAUUGAUCAAUGUGAAUGAAUGGAUUUUUCUUUUACCCUUUAGUCAGCAUCUUUUCUUCUUUAGUUUUUCUAUUCAACAAAGUCCGUGGCUCAUUAUAGUUGAAAACAUGGAAGAGAAAGGAAAAAAUAUUUAUCAAAAUAGAGCAUAAGCUUGGUUUAAUUGAUAAUUGAAAGAGGCAAAAACAAAGAAAAGGGGGAAGGAAGACAAAUGAGGAAGAAAAGAAAGGAUUAGUAUGAAUUAUCUCUUCUUUUUUGUUUGUUUGUUUGGGUGUGUUAGAGAGAAAAGAAAUGUUGUUAAAUAACUUGAAGAGAAAAGAAAUUAGUAUCCAUACUUCUAUUUAAAUGUUUGUAGUAUUAGUACCUAGGUCUUAGCUUUAGAUAAACAAAGUCAUGAACUUGUAAAUGCCAUCAAAAAGGUGUUCAGGUGUGCACCUGGGCAGUAAAGUCAAGGACCAAUCAGGAGCCUCAAAUCUUGUUAAGGGGACAACUUUCAACUGAGUGUUGCCUAACUGAGUGCCUGAUUAUGACAAAUUUAUAACUUCUUCUACCUAUUCCAUGGCACAUGUUUCCAUUUUUCCAAUCUAAUUUGGCCUUCUAUCUUAGUAGAUCUCAGUUUGUGCUGCUUUAUGUCUUGAAAGUGAUCACCUUGUUGCAGUGGAUUUGGGACUUGCAUCAUUGUAAACGUUGGAGAGAUCAUUGUAUUAUGGGAAGCAGUGAAGCUGAUGCAUCUGCCAAAACUCCAAGAACAUCUGUAGCUCAGGAGCAAACCCCUGCCACUAGCUCCACCCCAGCUGUAACUGUUUACCCAGACUGGUCGAGCUUUCAGGCAUAUUCACCAAUUCCACCUCAUGGGUUCUUUCAUUCUCCUGUGGCAUCUAGUCCUCAGCCCCAUCCUUACAUGUGGGGACCUCAGCACCUUAUGCCACCAUAUGGGGCUCCACCAGCUCCAUAUGUGAUGUAUCCUCCUGGAGGGUUGUAUCCUCAUCCAUCUAUGCCUCCUGGGGCACACCCUUUCAGCCCCUAUGCAAUAACUUCCCCAAACAGCAAUGUUGAGGCUUCUGGAGCCAUUGCUGGUGUGGAAGUAGAUGGUAAGUCAUCUGAAGGUAUGGAAAGAAGUCCCCUAAAAAGAUCCAAAGGAAGUUUAGGUAGUUUGAAUAUGAUUACAGGAAAGAACAACAGUGAGCCAGGUAAAACAUCAGGGCAACCAACCAAUGGAACAUUUUCUCAAAGUGGGGAAAGUGGAAGUGAUAGUUCAAGUGAAGGGAGUGAUGCAAAUUCUCAAAAUGAUUCACACACAAAGACAGCUCGUGGACAUGAAUCUCAUGGGGUUUCCCAGAGCGGCAAUUUUGCUGGUGGAUCUCAAAAUGGUGUGUCCCAAACACCAUCACAGGCGAUGUUGAGUCAUCCAAUGGCUAUGGUGCCUUUGCCUGCAACACCACCUGGAUCAAUAACUGGUCCUACCACAAACUUGAAUAUAGGGAUAGACUAUUGGAGCACUCCAAGCUCAUCACCUAUUCCAAUGCAUGGAAAAAUUCCUGCAACUGCAGUUGGAGGGGCUGUAGUUCCUGGUGCUCCAUCAGAUCUUUGGUUGCAGGAUGAGAGAGAACUUAAAAGGCAGAAAAGAAAGCAAUCAAACAGGGAAUCUGCUCGUAGGUCCAGACUACGCAAGCAGGCAGAAUAUGAAGAGCUGGCAGUACGAGCUGAGGCUUUGAGAGAGGAAAACGCCAACUUGAGGGCAGAGCUGACAAGGAUCAAGAAGGAAUAUGAACAACUUGUUUCUCAAAACGCAGUGCUUAAGGAAAAGCUCAGCGAGCCAGAGCAAGGUACAGAUGAUCCAAGUGCUGAUAGAAAGGAGCAAGGUUCUGUAGACGAGAACUCCAGAAUGAACUUGGAUUCUGAUACACAAGCAGCAAAAAGGGACCAAGGGCAGAUGGACGUCUAGCCUGGCCGGUGCACAGAUCAGAGCCUAACCCUGAGCGACCUGUAUUCAUACCCGAUUAGUCUGUAACUGAAGUUUACAGUUUUUUCUCAGCUGACUGGUCAUUAGAUAGACUGAUGUCAAAAUCAACCACCUUAGGUCUGGUUUGCCUAUAAUUAUGUUCUCACUAUUUAAGCUGAUAUAGGGUGGGUGCAUAAACCCGGCUUCCUUUUAUGCUGAAGCAUGGCUUGCUCAAUUGCCUCUUAAUUUGUAUGUCUAACUCUCAAUUGAAUGUAUUGACAGCAACGAUUAUUGCUAAUCCAGUUAUGUUGACUCUUUCUUCGCAGUA